UGGGAGAGCCAGAGGGUCCCGAGGAAGCUUGGAGGUAGAGGAGGCAGCAGAGGGAAAGUGACCAAGCUAGCCGCUCCAGUGAGGGACAGGAACCAAAGGGACGCCCCACGCCCCACGUCAGCCCCGGUUGGGCUCUGGAGACAGCCAACGCCUCUUGCUGUGCGGCGGCUUCGAAGCAGCCUCCCGGAGCUACCCUUUUCUCUUUGGUGAAGUUUUUAAAAGCUGCUAGAGAUUCGGAUGAAGUGAGGAAAUUACGGGGUAGGGCUUACGGUUGCCUUUGUCUUUCUCCUUUCCACCCCUUCACCCCUUUCUGGGUUUCCUCUCUUGCUGCUGCCUCUGCCUGCUCCCCUCUGCCCGCUCCCCCACUUCGGUUGGCCCAGCCCGGCCAGCCCGAGUUUGCAGAGAGGUAACUCCCUUUGGCUGUGAGCAGACGAGCUAGCUCUGCGUUGCAAAGAGGGCUCUGGCGAGUCAGGCAAUUUCAGAGACGCUACUGCACUGCAUCCAGGACCUGGCUACUUAGGCGGCACUCGGGGUGAGCCCCCAUUUCCCCCCAACAUCCUCUCCACCUCGCCCUGCAUGCCCUCCCCUCCCAUCCAGUUUUCAGGACCAAAGAUCAAAGGAUGAAAAGACAAUCAGGUCUUCAGUAGCCCAAAACAAAAACAAACAAAAAACAUUCAAACCUGAACAAAACCAAAGGGGUGGGGGGAAGACCCACCCUGGUCCCUAUUUGCACCUGCUUCAGUGGACAUUUAAUCUGGAAGACGGAGAGUCCUCUUCUCUUCUCUUCUCUCGCUCUCGUUCUCGCUCUCCUUUCAAGAUUUGAGUAUCUUUUGAAUCUAUCCUCCAAGUAUUCAGGAAUAGACUGUGAGCCUACCAGGGCAGACCUUGUCCAACGCGUGUUUUCACUGCACAAGACUUUGAAGCUGUCAGAGAGAUUCUGUGUGGUCAUUCCUGCAAGUUUCUUUCCCAGGAGCUUCCCGCAGGUGGUCUGCUAGCUGCAGUGACUACCGCAUCACAGCCUGUUGAACUCUUCUCAGCAAGAGAAAGGGAAACGGCAUAAAGGAAUUAGGUGGAAGAUUCAACCAAGCUCAAGGAUGGAGGUGCAGUUAGGGUUGGGGAGACUCUACCCACGGCCACCGUCUAAGACCUAUCGAGGGGCUUUCCAGAACCUGUUCCAGAGCGUGCGCGAAGUGAUCCAGACCCCGGGCUCCCGGCACCCUGAGGCCGUGAGUGCAGCACCUCCAGGCGCCCAGUUGCAGCAGCAGCAGACCAGUCCCCGGCAGCAGCAGCAGCAGGGCGAGGAUGGAUCUCCCCAAGCCCAGAGCAGAGGCCCUCCAAGCUACCUGGCCCUGGAGGAGGAACAGCAGCCUUCACAACAGCAGUCAGCCCUGGCGGGCCACCCCGAGAGCAGCUGCAUCCCGGAGCCUGGAGUCCCCUCAGCUGCAGGCAAGGGGCUGCAGAGGCAGCCGCCAGCACCUACAGAGGAGGAUGACUCAGCUGCCCCAUCCACGUUGUCCCUGCUGGGCCCCACUUUCCCGUGCUUAAGCAGCUGCUCCGCCGAUCUUAAAGACAUCCUGAGUGAGGCCGGCACCAUGCAACUCCUUCAGCAGCAGCAGCAGCAGCAGCAGCAGCAGCAGCAGCAGCAGGAGGUGGUAUCUGAAGGCAGCAGCUGUGGGAGAGCAAGGGAAGCCGCUGGGGCUCCAACCUCCUCCAAGGACAGUUACCUAGGGGACAGUUCUACCAUCUCGGACAGCGCCAAGGAGUUGUGUAAGGCAGUGUCGGUAUCCAUGGGCUUGGGUGUGGAGGCAUUGGAGCAUCUGAGUCCUGGGGAACAGCUUCGAGGGGAUUGCAUGUAUGCUCCUCUCCUGGGAGGUCCACCCUCUGUGCGUCCCACUCCUUGCGCCCAGCUGGCAGAAUGCAAAGGUUCUCUGCUGGAUGACUGCCCAGGCAAGGGCACUGAAGAGACUUCUGAGUAUUCCCCAUUCAAGGCAGUUUACCCCAAAGGGCUGGAAGGCGAGAAUCUGGGCUGUUCUGGCAGCGGUGAAACGGGAGUCUCUGGAACACUUGAGCUACCAUCCACCCUGUCUCUCUACAAGUCUGGAGCACUGGAAGAGGCAACGACUUAUCAGAGUCGCGAAUACUACAACUUUCCAAUAGCCCUGGCCGGGCCUCCGCCUCCUCUGCCUGCUCCCCAUCCUCAAGCCCGCAUCAAGCUGGAGAACUCGCUGGACUAUGGCAGUGCCUGGGCAGCCGCGGCAGCGGCACAGUGCCGCUAUGGGGACCUGGCGAGCCUGCACGGCGGGGGUGCAGCGGGACCCAGCUCAGGCUCACCCUCAGCCGCUACCUCCUCUUCCUGGCACACUCUCUUCACAGCGGAUGAAAGCCAGUUGUAUGGGCCCUGUGGCGGAGGUGGUGGCGGCAGCACAGGCGAGGCAGGGGCUGUAGCCCCCUAUGGCUACUCUCGGCCACCUCAGGGGCUAUCGGGCCAGGAAGGCGAAUUCUCCCCAUCUGAUGCGUGGUAUCCUGGCGGCAUGGUGAGCAGAGUUCCCUAUUCAAGUCCUAGUUGUGUCAAAAGCGAGAUGAACCCCUGGAUGGAGAGCUACUCUGGAUCUUAUGGGGACAUGCGUUUGGAGACUGCCAGGGAACAUGUUCUGCCCAUCGACUAUUACUUUCCACCCCAGAAGACCUGCUUGAUCUGUGGGGAUGAAGCUUCUGGCUGUCAUUAUGGAGCUCUCACUUGUGGAAGCUGCAAAGUCUUCUUUAAAAGAGCUGCUGAAGGGAAACAGAAGUACCUUUGUGCCAGCAGAAAUGAUUGCACCAUCGAUAAAUUCCGAAGAAAAAAUUGUCCAUCUUGUCGCCUCCGGAAAUGCUAUGAAGCAGGGAUGACUCUGGGAGCUCGGAAGCUGAAGAAACUUGGUAAUCUGAAACUGCAGGAGGAAGGGGAGGCUUCCAGCGCCACCAGCCCAACUGAGGAGCCAACCCAGAAGCUGGCGGUGUCACACAUUGAAGGCUAUGAGUGUCAGCCUAUCUUUCUGAAUGUCCUGGAAGCCAUUGAACCAGGCGUGGUGUGUGCUGGACAUGACAACAAUCAGCCUGACUCCUUUGCAGCCUUGCUCUCUAGCCUCAAUGAACUGGGUGAAAGACAGCUUGUACAUGUGGUCAAGUGGGCCAAGGCCUUGCCUGGCUUCCGAAACUUGCAUGUGGACGACCAGAUGGCAGUCAUUCAGUACUCAUGGAUGGGGCUCAUGGUGUUUGCCAUGGGCUGGCGGUCCUUCACCAAUGUCAACUCCAGGAUGCUCUACUUUGCCCCUGACCUGGUUUUCAAUGAGUACCGCAUGCAUAAGUCCCGGAUGUACAGCCAGUGUGUCCGAAUGAGGCACCUCUCUCAAGAGUUUGGAUGGCUCCAAAUCACCCCCCAGGAAUUCCUGUGCAUGAAGGCACUGCUGCUCUUCAGCAUUAUUCCAGUGGAUGGGCUGAAAAAUCAAAAAUUCUUUGAUGAACUUCGAAUGAACUACAUCAAGGAACUUGAUCGUAUCAUUGCAUGCAAGAGAAAAAAUCCCACAUCCUGCUCAAGGCGCUUCUACCAGCUCACCAAGCUCCUGGACUCUGUGCAGCCUAUUGCACGAGAGCUGCACCAGUUCACUUUUGACCUGCUAAUCAAGUCGCACAUGGUGAGCGUGGACUUUCCAGAAAUGAUGGCAGAGAUCAUCUCUGUGCAAGUACCCAAGAUCCUUUCUGGAAAAGUCAAGCCCAUCUAUUUCCACACUCAAUGAAGCUUUGGAAGCCCCCAUUUCCUCACCCCACCUCACUCCCCUUUUCAGAUAUCUUCUGCCUGUUAUAACUCUGCACUAUUUCUCUUCUGUGCCUUGGGGAAUUUCCUCUAUUGAUGUGUAGUCUGUCAAGAAGACGUUCCUGAAU